AUGGCUGCUCAAGGUAUCCAAAACCCAUCAACUACUUCUUACUCGAUGGCGUCUUUGUACGUCGGAGACCUUCAUCCGGAAGUUUCUGAAGCUACGCUUUUCGAACGAUUCAGCACCGCUGGACCUGUCUUGUCCAUCCGCGUGUGCCGCGACAACGCUACUCGUCUCUCACUUGGAUAUGCUUAUGUCAACUUCCAGCAACCUGCCGAUGCUGAGAGAGCGAUGGAUACCAUGAAUUUCGAAGUGCUCCAUGGAAGACCUAUGAGAAUCAUGUGGUCUCAACGCGACCCUGCCAUGCGUCGCUCCGGAGCUGGAAACAUCUUCAUCAAGAAUUUGGACAAGAAUAUUGACAACAAAGCAAUCUAUGAUACUUUCUCCUUGUUCGGAAGCAUUCUUUCGUGCAAGGUUGCUACUGAUGAGGAAGGAAACAGCAAAGGAUACGGAUUCGUCCAUUUUGAGACCGAAGAAGCAGCUCAAAAUGCCAUUGCGAAAGUCAAUGGCAUGCUUCUUUCUGAAAAGAAAGUGUUUGUUGGAAAAUUCCAACCGAGAGCUCAACGAAUUCGCGAGAUGGGUGAAACUGCCAAGAAAUUCACCAAUGUUUACGUCAAAAACUUUGGCGAUCAUCUCAAUGAGAAGUCACUCGAAGAACUGUUCUCUCAGUUUGGAAAAAUCACCAGCUGCGCUGUCAUGACCGUCGACGGCAAAUCAAAGGGAUUCGGAUUUGUCGCUUUUGCCGAGCCAGAAGAUGCUGAGAAGGCUGUCAAUGCCAUGAACGAGAAGGUCUUGGAAGGCACCGAUUGCAAAAUUUUUGUUUGCCGCGCUCAAAAGAAAUCCGAGAGACAAGCCGAGCUCAAGAAGAAGCACGAAAUGAUGAAGGCCGAAAGAAUGCAAAAGUACCACGGUGUCAACCUUUACGUCAAGAACUUGGAUGAGAGUGUCGAUGACGAAGGCUUGAAGUCUCACUUCGAAUCCUUCGGAACCAUCACCAGUGCCAAAGUCAUGACUGACGAAAAUGGAAGAUCCAAAGGCUUCGGAUUCGUGUGCUUUGAGAAGCCAGAAGAAGCCACCAAGGCUGUUACCGAGAUGAAUUCCAAGAUGGUUUGCUCCAAACCACUCUAUGUUGCUCUCGCGCAACGCAAGGAAGAUCGUCGCGCUCAGCUCGCUUCCCAAUACAUGCAACGCCUUGCGAACAUGCGUAUGCAUAACAAUGUUCCUGGACCGAACAUGUACAACCCAACAACCGCAGGUCCAAACCAAUUCUAUCUUGCCAAUGCUAUGCCGCAACAACGUGGAUUCAACAAUCAGCCGCGCGGUGUUGGUGGUCGCUGGGGAAUAAACAACCAAUAUCCUGUUCAAGGAUACGUCAUGCCUGGAACGGCUCCAGUCUUCCCACAGAGUCGCCAACGGCCGCAAAAUGCUCAGGCUGCUGGACGCGGACAGCCCCAACAAUACAGCCAAGUUGCGCAAGGAGCUCGCGUUGGCCAACAAAGAAUGCCACCAGUUCAAGGACAACCGCCAGUUGUUCCAAGACAACAGCCACCAAGACAACAACCAGCGGUUGCUAAAGGAGCUCCACAAGCUUAUCAGCAAUAUCCUCAACAACAGGGACGACCUCAAGGAAUUGUCAUCGGAGGACAGGAACCGCUUACCUCCCACAUGCUUGCCUCCGCCGCUCCACAGGAGCAAAAACAGCUUCUUGGUGAACGCAUUUAUGCGCUUAUCGAGAAAAUCCACCCCGGCCACAAGGACGCCGGAAAAAUCACGGGAAUGAUGCUUGAGAUCGACAAUUCGGAACUCAUUAUGAUGCUCCAAGAUGACGACCUCUUCCGCUCAAAGGUUGCUGAAGCCGCCAGUGUUCUUGAGAAUGCUGGCAAAGAAUAA